GAACACUACAUACACUGUUUACAUCAUAUGUAUGCAGUUACAUUAAAACGUUAUAACACGAACGUGAAUACCACGGUAAUAAACGACCGUCUGAACGCUUAGCUAACGAUAAGGUCGCUAACCGUCCAAGGUUUCGGUAGGCCUCUGUUAUGUACACGAGCUAAAAAGUGCUCAUCUAUUAAUCGUAAUAAUUUAAGAGUUCACAUUUUUAAACUAGAGACUAGUUAGCCAGGUUAACUAUAAAGUCAAGUCAUUUUCCGACUGGGAGUCACGUAGUUCAUUAGCUUUGAGACACUUUUUGUAAUUCAACAGUAAGUAUGUGAAUGUUUUCUUGGCUGUCUUGCUCUUUAAAUUUAUAUUUUCGUCGAGUUUGAGAUUCGUUAUUGUUAUCUGAGUGUUUCAGUUUAAUUGCUGUUUGUGUCCUAAUUAAGAUGACGAUCAUAAUUAAGGCCAGUUGUCACUGGCAGGCUGAGGCUUCCGUGUGUAGAGUGAAGCCUCCCAAAAACGACACUUGUAGAUUUUCCUGCAUGAGACACUUGAAGUGUAAAAGUAUGUCAGUGUGUCCGAUCGUCGAGCACACUUGUUUCAUGUUGCUGUGUGAAAUGUGUUUGUCCUGUUUGUCUUUCAAUAACCACUGUUCAGUUCCCCGGGGAGUGUUUCUGAUGUAUUUGUAGGUUUAAACCCAUCCUCUUGGCCCUCUUUGGGAAUCCCUGGAUAUGGAUAAUUUGCCCCCAGUUGAUUGGCAGAAGAUUUUUUUUCUCCAGCAUUUGGUAAUCAAGACGUGAAAGUCCUGCACGGUUUUUCCUCCCAACCUCCAGCAUUCAAAUGUCACAAAAUGUGUAAAAUGCCAACAAGCCCAAGAAGAAGCUGAGGAUUUUUUCCCACCAACCACCCCACCUUUCUCAACUUUUUUCCCACAUCACUUAGUUUCUUCUAUUUUUUCUUGUUCAUGCUGUUUAUGUCCCCCUACUUAUUUAUUUCAGUAGCCACACCAAAUAGUAUCAAUGAUGAUUUACAAGAAAUCCCCAAAGGACUUUAUUGCAUCAGCAUCAGUAUUGUUUAGCGGUUUGGCAGAGAUCAGGAUGUCUCAGAAAUGGGAUGUCGUAGGAAGACUAAUGUCUUUGGGAGACCCACCCCACUUUUCCUCUUAUCUCAUGGAUCAAGUGUUCCUUCAGGAUUUCCUUACUACUGUGGAGACUCCGUACCAGCUGUGCACUCAAGAGGCAGACCACUUCUCUACUACCUCAGGGAGGUUCCUGUCGGCCCAUAAGAGAACCAGCUGCUGGGUUUAGAGGUCGUUCCUUUUCAUCACCACCGCGUAAAACAGCUUUACUAUGACCAGCCAUGGAGACGACUGCUACUUCUUUUACUAUUCUACCUGCAGCAAAGGAGACAGUUGUCCGUUCAGACACUGCGAGGCAGCUAUGGGCAACGAGACCACCUGCAGCCUCUGGCAGGAAGGACGCUGCUUUCGUGCUGUCUGCAAGUUUCGCCACAUGAAAAUAACGAAAAAUCGAAAGGAGAUCGCAUGCUACUGGGAGAAGCAGCCAGCAGGCUGCCAGAAGCCACACUGUGCCUUCUACCAUGAAAAGCCUCGCUACAUAGAGGGUGUCUUUGUCCAGCCUGAUAAAAACGGAAAGAAGGAGGAGGAACAGCACCACGAGGAACAGACUGUCCCGGCAGCCACAGUCAACCCUCAGCUCAGAAGUGUCAAGACUGAAACUCAGGAGCCGGUACCGAGCCCCACCCAUCCACCAGUCGUGAUUAAUCCAGCAGACGAUGAUGAGGAUGAGGACGACCAGUUCUCAGAAGAGGGAGAGGAGGGAAAGGGUGGCCCUUCUCCUAGAAAGCUGCCCAAAUCAGACGAUUCACUGAACUUUGGAGUGAGCACGUUGGAGGAGAUCCGGCUAAGGAAAGCCCUUAAGGCCAGCAUGAAGAGGGCCGGUUACCCCCUCCAGACUACCGAAACAUCCACCAGUGUGGAGAAAGAAAACAUUCAGACGUUAUUUCGACCAGAUGUGUUUGACUCAAGAGAUGAGCCUGGGGGAGCCAGAGUUAGUGUGACUAAAAGACUUGGGAGAAAGAUUGACAGCACUGAUCUAAGAAGUGCAGAAGAUGUCCCCCUGAAAAGGAGUCUGGCUAAGCGUUUGGGUAGGGUCGUGGAUGUGGACCAACCAUUUCUGCCCCCUCACAAAGCUCUCAAACCUGUAAAGGAAAGACUUGGAUUGCUUUGUGAUCCUGUUGCACCCACUCAACCAGCUGAGAGCAGUGCGGUGUCACAGAAGGUUCCUGAGCUUAUCCACAUAAAGACUCUGGAGGAGAUCAAACAGGAGAAGGCGGUGAGGUCCCAGCCCGAGAACCAGAAAAACACCAGAGCCACAGAAGUCACCGAGAGCAAAGCCAACAGUGGAGCAAAGCGAGCCAUCGCCAUGAACGACACUUCCAUCUACAAUGUCAAAACAUUUUCUGAGAUUCUUCACGACAAGAAGAAAAGACAAGAGGAGGAACUGGAACAGAAGCCCCGCCCUGAGGUCAAUCACACAGCAGAGAGAGAUCAGGGCAAGAGCCAGGAGGAGGCCCACACAGCUGGGCCUGAGGUCACAAACGUGGGCCGGAUUAAAGUAAAGACCCUGGAAGAAAUCCGCAUGGAGAAGGCAGCAAGGAGUCAGCUCAAGCAGGCAGUGGACGCUGAAAACAGGAAGAGGUCUUCUACUGAGGAGAGCGGUGCCAAGAAGCCCCGCCUGCUGCACAUUAAGAAACUGGCCCCCCAAACUAGCAGCAUCGCAGCAGAGAAGACAAACAAGCCACACAGAAGUCCAUCUCCUGAAUCCCAGACCAGUAACAAUAUCAAGGUGAAGACCUUUGAGGAGAUCAUGCGGGAGAAACGCCUUCGAAAGCAGGAAAUGUUGGAACAAGGCAAAGUGGGAGAACCUGAAACGGAGCCUUCUCAGAAUCAGAAUGCCAGCAGUACCCUCAAAAGGAAGGCUCCUUCAUCACCGCGCUCCUCCUCGCCUUCCUCCAAAACUCCACGUGCCGGUUCCACCGAAAGAGUUCCUGUUCGCAAGCUGAUUACUCUCAGGUCAACGGCUGCAUCACCUGGAAACGGUGUGGCCGCUCCGGAAACAACAGCUGCUGUUGUUACUGUGCAGAGCUCUUCACCACAGCAGGCUGGGACAAAGUCCAGCUCCAGGGUCGCUCCAGACAAAAAGACGUCCACUGCACUGUCACCACUCAAGCAGCCUCGUGUGACAGGAGCCUCUACUGCUGAGGAAACAAUGGACACGAAUCAGGAGUCCCCAGAGCACACUGCAGAUACUAAAGAGAGACCGAAACUGAAUGUGAAACCAUCUGUGAUGAAGCCUGCAGUGCUGGUUAAGCCUGGCCAGAGGAGGCGGGGAGCAGAACAGUCUGCUGUAGUUGCUGUUAAACCUCUAAACAGCCCUUCUGCACUGAAUGAGGAGCCACGAAACAGUGACAGACAUACUCUCCCAUCCACCGGCGUGGAUGCUCCGCGGAGCUCUGCUGUGCCCCACAGUCACGUCACCCAGCUGGAGUCUGCCUCCAGCUCUAGCCCAACAGGAGAGGAGCUUCAGACUGUCCCUGUCUUCAAACAGAGUCUAGGCCCAGAAAGCAGUCUGCCCAUCAGUGGUGCUACCACCAGAGAUUCCUGCACGGUGCCCCAAAGCUCAGUACAGAAGACACCCUCUCAGCCCAGAUCAAGGAGGCUCAGCACUGCAGCAUCCCGGGCUGCCUCCACCUCGAGCGCUGCUGCCUCCACCUCUGCCAUGGAUGACUUCGAGGAGCUGAUCAAUGAGUUUACUGACGACCACCUUGAUGAUGAUGUGGACCCCAGUAUCGGAGAGGACGACCUGCUGCAAGAGCUUUCUGAAAUGAUUGACAGCUGAGAGGACAGCAGUCGGCCCCUGUGUCUCUCUGGGUUGUGUGACUUAGCUCCAUGGUAGAUGUUGGGCUGUUUAGAUGUAUUUCGUUCUUAGAAUAACUUUUUUUAACCUAUGAGUCCAUAUGUUGCUCUUUACAUUUUCAUCAUCUUCUCUCAAAGACAGUCUUCUAUAAUUUCCUCUUCAGGUGAAUAUUUGAUGAUGGAGGAAUUACUCUGCAGGGCCUCAGUCCUCUUCAUCAUGUGUGUUUAUGAUCCCACUCCAACAAAAGCUGUUGUGUUAGAGAUGCGCUUAGGUUUGUGUGGAUGCUGUUCAUUUAGAGAGAAGUUAUAUCUGUAUACUGUGUAUGCAACAGAACUAUGCGUUUGUUCUGUGAGUGGAUGAGCCUGUUCCCACAUUGUGACAGUGAUGAAAGAGAUCAGUUUGAUUUCAGCGAGGACUGUGUCACAGAACCUACGAUGAUCACCGUUUAAAUUAAUUUAUUGGAAAGGCGUGUGUGCAGUCAUUCACAUGUGAUCGAGUCUAUCCCCUGCCUGUGACUGUACUCACUUUAUAUGUUUUAUUAAUGUGUGUGUUUCUUUCAUCACUUAUGUUUAGUAAUGGACGUCCUUUUAACCUAGAACAGUUGGUGUCAGUGUGUAAGAACUCUCGUUUGUUAUUUAUGAACAGCUCAGGGACUGUUUCACAGGUUUCUAUGUUCUUUAUACAAUGAAAAAGGAAACGGGGGGGACUUUGAUUUUAGCAGUACUGCCUACAGAUGAUUUUUUGUUUGGUCUGUUAGUAGAUCAGCUUACUUUGUCUCUGUCCUGACCCUCUCACACAGGCUGACUAUUCAGAGUGACUUGUACAUUUACUGUGUAAAUAAAAAUUAUUUUGAAUUAA